AUGCGUACUGCUGGUCCAUUAGAUGAUGCAUUCGUUCCAACACAGAGGCGCAUUUUAGGAAACUAUACACGAGAGCAACUUGUAGAUAUCUUAGAUAAAUAUGACGAGGCUUUUGAUAUAAACGCUUCAAAAGAAAAAUUAAUUGAUUUAAUUAUUGCAAUAAUGAAGAAUACGAAGCCGGUGUCACAGCCUGAAACAAAGAGAUCUGACAUAUAUUUGUACUUAUCAUGGAUUUCAAAGUAUAUUGUAUUAUUAUUUAUCGCCUACUUUGCAUUUUUGGCAGUGAGUUUACUCAUUUUCUAUUUAUUCGUUCCAAAACCACAGAAAUUCUGCAAUACAAACAAACAAAGCAUUUAUUGCAUAACUUGUCCAAAAUUUGCAAAAUGUAAGAGCAAUAAUGUAACCUGCGAAACAGGAUUUACAUUUGAUGGACGCUAUUGCGUCAAAACAGACGAUGAUACACAUGUGAUUUCCAAGAUGUUGGAUUUUGCAACGACAGAAUUACGAAAACGCGCAGGGAAACAUCGUUGUGGGAAAUGCCUUUCCAAUUAUUUAACAAUAGAUCAGCUCGAUGCACUCAUUUACUCACAAAAUUUUAUAAAUCCACAAAAAUAUGAUUUUGUAUUUCAAAAAAUGAUUCAAAUAUUACAACAACAAUAUAAUAUUUCAACCCAGUAUGAUGAUAGAACGACUCUAAUUGCAUCUACAAUCGCAGAUAGACCAUUUAGUUGCAUAUUACGAAGAUUUUUAAUUUCAUCAACGUUUUUGUUCAUUUUAAUCUGUAUUUUAUGUUAUUUAAUCAAAUAUUCCAUUAAACGAACUAAAAAUCAGAAAUUUAUUGAAAACAAAGCGCAAUACAUGGCAAUUAAGGUCAUAAAUGAGAUGAAGAACCACGACAGUGAAAUAGAUGAAAACACUUUGAAGCACAAAUUCUCAAAGAAUCCAGAAAUUGAUCUUUCCCUUUGGUUAAUCAUAGAUUCUUACUUGAAAAAGUCUCCAUACGUGAUUGCAAGGAAAUCCAAAGGUGUCACAUAUUACAGGUUUAUCCUAUGA